GUUUGUUGACGUGAAGAACACUACACAAGUUAGGAAGACACACAAUGGAAGAUACACAAAGACUUGUGCAUCUGGAUCUGAAAGGAGCACCACCAAAAGUAACAUAUUUUGAGAAGAUUUUCCCUCUAAUGAAGAAAUGGGGUGCCACUGGUCUCCUGAUAGAAUAUGAAGACAUGUUUCCAUAUUGGGGAGAUAUCACUGAUAUUGCCUCAGAAUUUGCCUACAGCAAAGAGUGCAUAGCAAGCAUUUUACAACUGGCAGAGGACAAUGGUCUCUCUGUUAUACCUCUAGUCCAGUCCAUUGGUCAUUUUGAGUUUGUAUUAAAACUUGAGAAGUUUAGAUCACUGAGAGAAGUUCCAAACUACCCAAUGGCUCUUUGUCCCUCAAAUUCAGAUUCACUUCUGGCUGUGUGUAUGAUGAUUGAUCAGGUUAUAGAAUUGCAUCCUGGGAUACGAUCUUUUCACAUUGGGGCAGAUGAGGUGUAUCAUUUAGGAGUUUGCGAGCGAUGUAAAAUCAGAAUGUUAGAGGAGAACCUAACACCCCAGCAACUGUUUUUACUUCAUAUUAAGGCUGUUCUAGAUCACAUUAAGGAGAACUAUCCCAAUAUCAGCUGUAUUAUGUGGGAUGACAUGCUGAGACAUACAGAGUUACCUCUCCUUAUCAAUUCUAGUCUUGGAGAUUUAGUAGAACCAAUGGUUUGGCACUAUCUAACAUCAUUUAGACUCCCACCAGAUAUAUGGGACAAAUACUCUAAAGUUUUCCCCAAUAUUUGGAUAGCAAGUGCAUUCAAAGGUGCUACAGGGGCAAAUGUGUAUGCUACGAACAUUGCUUACCAUGUAGAUAAUCAUACCAUGUGGCUCAAUGUCAUGGCAAAGGAGAGGUCAAAGUUCAAAAAAGUUCAAGGUUGUGCACUUACUGGAUGGCAAAGGUAUGAUCAUUAUGCUGUACUCUGUGAGCUCCUCCCACAAGCUCUGCCAUCACUAGGGGUGUGUCUGUUAACCCUCCAACAGGGUAUAUUUUCUGCUGAGAUCCAUGCAACUGUGUCACGAGACUUAAACUUUGUGUCUCUUCUACCGCUCAACCCAUAUCAGAGGGGCCCUAUACCACCUUGUCAAUUUCCAGGGAGUGAAAUUUACUGUGCCAUGCUAGCAUUUCUACAGCUUGAUGCAACUUAUGAAGAAUUAGUACACGAUGAAAGAGUGAUGACAUGGAUGAAUGAUUACAUGAUAGAGAGGAAGUUCUCCAAUCCAGUCCACAUAGAACCCAUUCUAGCCCAGUCCUCUCUAAUCUUAGAAAGCCUGACAAAAAUCCACCCCCAGAUAGAGGGAGCCCUGAGAGAGGUGUUUUAUAACAACGCAGUGGAAGAAUGGUUAAAGGUGUUUGUGGAGCCCAAGAUAAAGAAGAUAUCAGACAUUGUAGAGAAAGCUAAAUCACAACUCAGCAAUACAUAGCUUGGUUUUGUUGUACUGUAUUUCAGCUUACAGGACUUUAUUAUUAAUCAAGGUCUUAUCUGUUGACAGAUUUUUAUUUUCAACAUCUUGAGGUCUUUGGAACAUUGUUGUGACAAUUGUGCCAUAAUUAAAGGAAUUUCAAAUUAAAA